UCAUCUCCCUCUUCAAGUACCCUUACAAGGUAAACAGGCGAUCGAUUCGACUCCUUUCCUUCAUGGAUUCUCUUUGCCCGCCAUUGCGACUCUCUAUUGCUUCCUCUUCUUCCUGUUCGCGCAGAAGUGAUCCUUCUCGCAACCAAUUCCACUUCCUUCUUAACCUUCCGAAUAUCUCUUUCUUCGGUUCCAGGAUUUCUCUUCCUCUUCACGAUCUAUCCUCGACUAAUGAGCUUUCUAAACGCUCUUAUCGGAUUGUCCGUUCCGUUUCUUCUACUCCAACGAGAGAGGAGGAGAAGAUGGACGAGAAGAUGAAAUCUAAGUCGCGACAGGGGAAGGUGCGGCUUAAUGUUCGACUGGAUCACCAAGUUAAAUUCGGUGAGCAUGUUGUGAUUUUGGGAUCAAUAAAAGAAUUGGGAUCAUGGAAGAAGAAUAUUGGUAUGAAUUGGACUGAGAGUGGAUGGGUAUGUGAGUUGGAACUGAAAGGGGGAGAGUCUGUUGAGUAUAAGUUUGUGAUUGUGAGAAAGGACAAGCGCACGUUAUGGGAAGGUGGGAAUAACAGGAUCUUGAAGCUGCCCAAGGGAGGGAGUUAUGGGAUGGUUUGUAAAUGGAAUGCAACUGGGGAGGCCGUGAAUUUAUUCCCUCUGGGCUUGGGGGAAAAUGAGGAGCAUGAUGAUUUGGGGGACAAUGGGUCUGUGGUUACUGAUGUUGCUUCUCAAAAGGAGGUUGGCACGAGUCCUUUUGUUGGGCAAUGGCAGGGGAAGGGUGUCUCUUUCAUGCGCUCGAAUGAGCAUAGAAACCGGGAAUCCGAAAUGAAAUGGGACACUUCCGGUCUUACAGGAUUGGCUCUGAAGUUAGUUGAAGGUGAUCAAAGUGCAAGGAGCUGGAGGAGAAAGCUUGAAGUUGUACGUGAGCUAUUAGUUGAAGGCUUACAAACUGGGGACCGGUUGGAGGCUCUCAUUUAUCCAGCCAUAUAUUUGAAGUGGAUAAACACAGGGCAAAUUCCUUGCUUUGAAGAUGGGGGUCAUCACCGGCCAAACAGGCAUGCUGAGAUUUCCAGGCUCAUAUUUCGUGAGUUGGAACGGAUAUCUUGUAGGAAAGAUACUUCACCCCAGGAAGUACUUGUCAUCCGCAAGAUCCAUCCAUGUCUGCCUUCUUUUAAGGCAGAAUUUACUGCAUCUGUUCCUCUAACUCGCAUUAGAGAUAUUGCCCAUCGGGGUGAUAUUCCUCAUGACCUUAAGCAAGAAAUUAAGCAUACAAUACAAAACAAGCUUCACCGGAGUGCUGGACCAGAAGAUUUAGUUGCUACAGAAGCUAUGCUUGCAAGAAUUACCAAAAAUCCUGGAGAAUAUAGUGAAGCGUUUGUGGAGCAGUUCAAAAUUUUUCAUCAUGAACUCAAAGAUUUUUUCAAUGCUGGAAGCCUUGCUGAGCAACUAGAAUCUAUCAGUGAAUCAAUGGAUGAGAGUGGCAUUUCUGCUCUGACUUCGUUUUUGGAGUGUAAAAAGAAAUUGGAUGCUGUUGAGGGAUCAAGUAUUGUUUCAGAAAACAUAGGCACAGAUCUAUUAUUCAAAGCAAUCCAAUCUUUGAAUGCUCUCAGAGAAAAAAUUGCAAAGGGUCUUGAAAGUGGCCUCAGAAAUGAUGCCUCGGACACUGCAAUUGCCAUGCGUCAAAAGUGGCGUCUAUGUGAGAUUGGGCUUGAGGAUUAUUCAUUUGUUCUUUUAAGCAGAUUCCUCAAUGAGGUUGAAGCUGUGGGAGGGGCUCAUUGGCUAACAAAGAGUGUGGAAUCAAGGGAUAUAAACCCUUGGAAUGGUCCUCUUGGGGUGCUUAGUGUUGGCAUUCAUCAGCUAUGGUUAUCUGGUUGGAAGCCAGAGGAAUCUGCUGCUAUUGAAAAUGAACUCCUUGCCUGGCGAGAGAGAGGUCUCUCUGAAAGGGAAGGAGAUGAAGAUGGCAAAACGAUGUGGGCGUUAAGGCUUAAGGCUACUCUUGAUAGAGCAAGGAGGCUAACUGAAGAAUAUACUGAAGCACUUCUUGAAAUAUUCCCUCAAAAAGUCCAGACACUAGGAAAAGCUUUUGGAAUCCCUGAGAACAAUGUAAGGACAUAUACUGAAGCUGAGAUCCGUGCUGGUGUAAUUUUUCAGGUUUCAAAACUCUGUACCCUUCUUUUAAAAGCUGUUAGAAGCACGCUCGGUUCUCAGGGUUGGGAUGUUCUUGUUCCUGGGGCUGCUCAGGGAACAUUAAUCCAGGUUGAAAGCAUUGUACCUGGUUCGCUACCGUCAUCAGUUAAAGGACCUAUUAUUCUUGUUGUCAAGAAAGCUGAUGGGGACGAGGAGGUAGCAGCGGCUGGGAAUAACAUAGUAGGAGUUGUGCUUCUGCAAGAGCUGCCUCAUUUAUCUCAUCUUGGUGUUAGGGCUCGCCAAGAGAAGGUUGUCUUUGUGACAUGUGAAGAUGAUGACAAAGUUGCUGAAAUACAAAAACUUACUGGAAAAUAUGUUAGGUUGGAAGCGUCUUUGACGGGUGUUAAUCUAUUUCCCUCUACAUCAGAUAUUAGCAGUGGUGAUUUUGCUGUGAAAACUCUGUCAGGUGAUGGUUCUUCCAGAGUUAAAGCCCCAGGAGCUCGUGAUGCUUCCUUGUCUGCUGUUAAGGCCCCUUACUCUAGUCAAGGUGUUUUUGCUGGUGGGGUUAUAAUGCUUGCUGAUGCAGAUGCACAGACUUCGGGUGCCAAGGCUACUGCUUGUGGUCGCUUAGCAUCUUUGUCAGCAGUUUCUGAUAAAGUCUACAGUGAUCAAGGGGUGCCAGCUUCAUUUAAUGUCCCUGCAGGGGCAGUGAUCCCAUUUGGCUCUUUGGAAUUGGCAUUAGAGCAAAGCAAAUCUAUGCCAGCUUUUAGGUCUUUCCUAGAACAGAUAGAAACAGCUAAACUGGAAGAGGGUGAACUUGAUGCACUGUGCCAUAAACUACAGGAGCUGAUAAGUUCCCUACAACUCCCGAAAGAAAUCAUUGAUAGCAUAGGGAGAAUAUUUCCCGGCAAUGCACGUUUAAUUGUCCGUUCAAGUGCCAAUGUCGAGGACUUGGCUGGAAUGUCAGCUGCAGGACUUUAUGAUUCAAUCCCCAAUGUUAGUCCUUCAAAUCCAAUAGUUUUUGGAAAUGCUGUUAGCAGAGUAUGGGCUUCAUUGUACACACGAAGAGCGAUUCUAAGCCGACGAGCUGCUGGUGUGCCUCAGAAUGAGGCUGCUAUGGCAGUUUUGGUGCAAGAAAUGCUUUCGCCAGACCUUUCAUUUGUGCUCCACACAGUUAGCCCAAUAGACCAAGAUCAUAAUUCUGUUGAGGCUGAGAUUGCUUCUGGCCUUGGUGAAACUCUGGCUUCUGGCACUCGAGGAACACCCUGGCGUCUAUCCUCUGGAAAGUUUGAUGGCCUGGUGCGAACACUGGCAUUUGCAAAUUUUAGCGAGGAGCUUCUGGUCCUUGGUGCAGGUCCUGCUGAUGGUGAAGUUAUUCAUUUGACUGUAGACUACAGCAAGAAGCCAUUGACAAUUGACCCGAUAUACCGUCGGCAGCUUGGUCAGCGACUUUGUGCAGUUGGGUUUUUCCUUGAACGGAAGUUUGGCAGCCCACAGGAUGUGGAAGGAUGUGUUGUUGGCAAAGACAUCUACAUAGUUCAAACACGGCCACAACCCCAGUGACGAGUGUUUCUAAGUCAGUACUUUCUUUUAAGGUUGAAAUACCACCGAAUAUAGAGCCAUAUGGUGCAAUAUCUCAGGCAACUCUCAUUGGAUGUCGCUGAUGGUUCGAAGACGAGUUGUAGGAGCAUGAAAACACAACCAAAAUUUCUUCGGUACCACUGAGUGGGGUAGUUGCCCCCCACUGAAAAUGUUAAAACUUGUUUCGUUUGGCCUAUAGUUUGAAAAACUUUUAGAACAUCUAUGGCUCGUCUCACAUAUGAGAUGUAUGAACAUUAAAGAUGUAAUCACUUUGUUAUACUUUGAAAACAUAUCAGAUUUUAUUGCCAAACAAAAUGAGAAGAUUCCUACUGAUCUUUUUGUUU